CAAAAUGACUGAGCGCUACGAUUGCCACUACUGCAAGGAGUCUCUGUUUGGGAAGAAAUAUGUUCUGAGAGAGGAAAAUCCCUACUGUGUGAAAUGUUAUGAAAGUCUGUACUCCAACACCUGUGAGGAGUGCAAGAAGCCCAUUGGCUGCAACACUAGGGAUCUGUCUUACAAGGACCGUCACUGGCAUGAGGAGUGUUUCAAGUGCUUCCAGUGCAAGCGCUCACUUGUGGACAAGCCCUUCUCCACCAAGGAUGAACAACUGCUCUGCACUGAGUGCUACUCCAAUGAGUAUUCCUCCAAAUGCCAUGACUGCAAGAAAACCAUCAUGCCAGGUGAAGGCUCCAGGAAAAUGGAGCACAAGGGGAACAGCUGGCACGAGACCUGUUUCACUUGCCAAAGAUGCCAGCAGCCCAUUGGCACCAAGAGCUUCAUCCCUAAGGAUAGCCAUAACUUCUGCGUGCCCUGCUAUGAGAAGCAGUUUGCCAUGCAAUGUGUGCACUGCAAGAAGCCCAUCACCACUGGUGGAGUGACCUACCGCGAUCAACCCUGGCACAAGGACUGCUUCCUGUGCACUAGCUGCAAACAGCAGCUGUCUGGCCAGAGGUUUACCUCUAGAGAUGACUUUGCUUAUUGUCUCAACUGCUUCUGCAACCUGUAUGCCAAGAAGUGUGCCUCCUGCACCACCCCCAUUAGUGGCCUUGGAGGCAGUAAGUACAUUUCUUUUGAAGAGCGCCAGUGGCACAAUGACUGCUUCAACUGUAAGAAGUGCUCCGUGUCUCUGGUUGGACGUGGUUUCCUCACCGAGCGUGAUGACAUCCUCUGCCCUGAGUGUGGCAAGGACAUCUAAUUUGGUCUGAGUGACGAUCGACACAUCUGACUGGACGUCCACGUUAUGAUAGAAGAAUUACAAAAAUAAAAUAAAUACUAUUUGAGCACAGAACAUUUUACA